GAUAUCCAUCUUACCCCACAUUACUAUUAUUACUAUUGCUUCUGUAACUUAUAUAUAAUUACACAAAAUUACAUUUGUAAUGAAUAUGUAUAUAGUUUCAUUAUGUUGUACUCGAUGGGUAUUUUUCCAAUCUUAUCUUCUUGUGUAAAAUUAGACAUAGAUUUGUUAUAAAAAAAACAUUGUAUUAUAUAUUAUGCUACUCGUUUAACAUAUAUAAUAUUAUUUAAAGAAUAUUCCAUAUAUUUAUCUCCCAUAAUGGAUCUUUUAUAUUACUGUGGGGUAAGACGGGACACCUUUAGCACAAAAUAUCCAAAUAUCCUGAUCGUAUUUUAAACAAAUAACAACGGUAUAUGGGAUUCAUGAGAAUACAGUUUUAUAAUUCCUUGAAUGUUCUUUGUUUACCAAAUGGGACGAGAAAAUAGAAUGAAAAGGGGUGGAUAAACAAGAAUGAAAAGGUGUCCCAUCUUCCCUCAUCCUACUAUAUUACAUUUAAUAUUAUAUAAUGAGACUUUCCUUCUGUAUGGCAGUUAAAAACUUGUUUCCAUAAAAACAGGGUUUUGCAAUUUGUGGCUUUCCAACCUAAAAUUCUAUAUUUAAAAAUAAUAGAUUUGAAAAUGUUUAAUUACCCCUAAGUAUUCUCUACUGUGUUUAUUCUAUCAAUGCAAUUUAGUUUCAGAAGUACCUAUCCCAUAUUUUCUAUUUAAAUUUUGAACUGUAUCAUGUAUUCGCAUUAAAUAAUAAAGCUUGUCCUAUUCUAACUAUGAUACUUACUGUUGAUUAAACUAUUCUAUAUGGGUGAGGCAUGCAGGAGGAACUGAGAUUUAGAACAAAGAUGAAACUAAAAAUAUGUUUUAUCCAGAUUAUUUUGAGGAAAGGGUCAAAACAUGAGAUUAAGUUAUAAAAAUACCAUUACAUUCUCAUUAUAUGCAUUACUUAUCGCAGUAAUGUUUACCAAUAACCUGAGUAAAGUUAUCAAAAUGCCCGAAGCAGUUUUGAUCCAGCAGUUAAUAAAACUUGUGGUUUUUUCUGAUGUUACUGCAGACGUAGAUUUUGCAGAAUAAACGGGAAGACCUUUCAAGUGUAUUUCUGCGAAACUUGGUUCUUUAGAUAUUUUGCAGAAGUCGUCGAUAUGAAGGUAUCUGAAUACAAUGAUCCCUUACGCCAUCGUGUGGUGAAAUCCAAGGCCCCUGUAUUAGCACGAACCCUUGUUUUGCUCGUCACGGCUGGAUUUGCCCUCGUUGUUGCUUUCAGCUGUGUUUUCUACGCCGCUCAUGCUCAACACCGAAUGUUGCAAUUCCAGAAUGAGUUGACAAACAUGAAAGUUUCGUUGCACAAAAGAUCGGCAGAGUUGGAAAGCAGAGUUAGAAGAAGUGUUUCACGGAAUAACUUUGUGAAGAAACCAAUUAAACACGUUGUGAAAAGAAAUGCAAAUGUUAGUGAACCUGUUGUAGUAACAACCCCCCAACCUAACGCUGGAGUUACGUACAUACGGUGGGGAAGACGGGACUGCCCCAAACAAGUUGAAACUAGCUUGGUUUACCAUGGUUCUGCAGCUGGUGGUCACCACACACAUACAGGGGGCAGCACGGACGUUAUUUGCCUUGCUGGCAAUAUUAGUUACACAGAAGAAAGAGUGAAAGGAGGUUACAUUACCGGAAAGCAAGCCAAUUCACAUUUGUAUGGGCUUGAAUACCGAGAUUCUUCAUGGGUGAAUAAUCUGUUGGAUUAUUCACUUACUGAGAAUGUAGCAGUUCAAUACCACAGCGUACCUUGUGCUCUGUGUAUGGCGACCAGGAGGCUUAAUCAGUUAAUGAUACCAGGAAGAAAUGAAUGUCCAGAGGGUUGGUUUCUUGAAUACACAGGUUAUAUGAUGUCUUCUAGUAACUCAGACAAGCACGGUAUUCGUCCUCUAUGUGUAGAUGACACGCCGCAAGUGGUACCUGGCACACAAGGCAACCAGCAAGGGGCGUCGCUUUUUAUGAUGGAAACUUCGUGCAUAUCUUUAUUGUGCGAACCUGUGGUGGCAGGGAGAGAAAUCAGAUGUGUUGUGUGCACAAUAUAAUGCUGAAAGCUCAUAUAUAUACAUAUAUAUGAAUGAUAUAAUGUCCAUAUAUAGGGCUGCUAUUAAAUCGGGUCAUGCUUGCUUUGCAUUGAAUCUGCAUAUUGUAUAACACAAACUUUACACAAGCUGUUCUAUUGUAUGCACAAUAUAAGGCUAUAAAGAAGUUUAUGACAAUAUAUAAUGUUAUAUAUAAGGCUGCUAUUAACUAGGUGCUCAUGCUUGCUUUGCAGACUUGGUGAAACAUCUGCUAUACUAUAAUAAGUCUAUACUCGAUAAUUGUAACCUUGAUAUUCAUAAUUAAGAUUUUGUAUAACAUACACCAAAAACUGUUGGCAUCAUUAGUGCUUGUAAAAGACUGAGUAGACUUGAUGAAACAUCUGCUACAUUAUAAUGACUCUAAACAUUUGCAGUUGUAUUUUAUAUCUUGCUUUAAAUAAAUGGUGUGCUUUGACAUUG